AUGAAGCUGUUGGCGCUUACUUUGCUGUUCUGCAUUCUUCUUCCAAACGAUUGCGCCGUUCUUCAAAGGAAAGCGGCUUGGGCACCUAUGGAAACUGAAGAACAAGAACAGGUCAGGUUGAAGCGAGCGACGCCGUUUUGCGUCGAUCCCGAAGGAAGGCCCUUGGGAUCUGGCGGCGAAGGCGGGAAAGGUGGCGGUGGCGACAAGGAUGACGACGAAGACGACGACAUGGGCAGCAUGAUGGAUGCCAUGAUGGGCGGUGCUGGUGGACUAGGGGACAUGCUUGCUGCUGGCGGAAUCCCGGUCGAAAGCGUGGUCAACGUGAAGUUGCCUCCGAAAAUGAUGCCCAUGGACAUGCAAAUGAUGCCAAUGGACAUGCAAAUGAUGCCGAUGGACAUGAAGAUGAUGCCGGCCGGCAUGGGCGGGAUGAUGAUGCCAAGUGACAUGGGCAUGUCUAUGGCAAUGAAGGGCAUGACUCCCGCUAUGGCAAUGAACAUGAUGUCAAUGACUUCAAAGAAAGUGAAGACGACAAAGGGGGCCCCAAAGACAACAACGGCGGCACCCAUGUCGAUGGAAAUGGAAAUGGGAACGGAAAUGGGAAUGGAAAUGGGAACGGAAAUGGGAACGGAAAUGGGAAUGGAAAUGGGAACGGAAAUGGGAACGGAAAUGGGAAUGGAAAUGGGAACGGAAAUGGGAAUGGGAGAUGGAGACAUGGGAAUGGGAAUGGGAGAUGGAGACAUGGGAAUGGGAAUGGGAAUGGGAAUGGGAGAUGGAGACAUGGGAAUGGGAAUGGGAAUGGGAAUGGUAGAUGGAGACAUGGGAAUGGGAAUGGGAAUGGUAGAUGGAGACAUGGGAAUGGGAAUGGUAGAUGGAGACAUGGGAAUGGGAGACAUGGGAAUGGGAGACAUGGGAAUGGGAGACAUGGGAAUGGGAGACAUGGGAAUGGGAGACAUGGGAAUGGGAGACAUGGUGGUACAACCCAUGGCAAGGGUAGUUGAAAACGCACCAGCGCUAAGAUUAGGGAACUUUGAUAUGGUGCCAGUCGCCCCCCUCGACAACUUCGAGCCGGUCAUGGAGUGUCCACCGGAAGUGGCCACCAGCAGCAGAGACGGCGCCGUGAAACUCUGGGACACCCGCGUCCUCAGCGACGGCCCAGUCGCCGUGUUUACUCCAGAAGACUCGGCGGCCAAACGGGACAGCUGGGUCGUGUGUUUCGGUGACGCACAUUCUCCGUCAGACCGAUGCCUCCUUGCUGGUUUCGACAACGGCGACGUGAAGCUCUUUGACCUCCGAACUCAAUCCGUCCGCUUUGAGGCGGCGGAACCGAAUGGGAUCGUGGGCGCCGAAUUCGAUAGACCGGACAUCCAAGCCAACAAGUUUGUGACGACGACGCUCGAGGGUUGCGUGACUGUGUACGAUGCACGCACUUUGCAUCCGAAGCACGGGUACGCGAUUGUGAAGAAGAAGAUUGCCGAGUCGGCGACAGUGUGGCAAGCGAGGCAUUCGCCGUUUGACCGAGACGUUUUCGCAGCGUGCGCCGGCGACGGAAGUGUUUCCUUGUGGAAGUACGAGUAUCCGGAUCAGCGGGUGAAGAAGGAUGAGGAUGAUGGAAUGGAAUGCGGGGUUGCUGGGGAUAUCCGGAAGCUGCAAAGCGUGAAGAUAUCUACCCAGCCCGUGAACGCCUUCCGGUGGAAUCGGGACCUCAGAGGCUUGGCUGUUUGCGCCUCGUUUGACCAGGCUUUGCGGGUCCUGAUUGUUACCAAGCUUUCCACGGUCUAA